AUGAAGCAGAUACCUCGAGUAGUGCCCAUGCUCGCGUCGCUGUUUGUCCAGGCAUGUCAUUCCUUCGAGGACUGCAUUAUCGCCUCAACCAGCGGAUCCUCAAUCUCAAAUUGCAGUAGCGGCGAGGGGGUCCAAGAAUACGGCACGAAGCUUACGAAGCCCGAUGAGAUGAUCCGCGGUGGACGGUGUGGUGCUCGCCCUAUAGUGAUGGCAGCCACGUAUCCACAAUCCACAAAAAAGCAUGGCCAUCCUUACGGCCAUGUUGGCUGA